AUGUCGUUCCCUUCCGACCAGUCUCAAGCCUCCGUGGACACGGCUCUGUCGUCGCUUCAGAACAGCCCCACCGAGCAGCAAUUUCCCAGGGAUCGGCAGCCGGGAAAGACGAAGAGAAACCUUAUCCUGUGCUUCGAUGGCACCGGCAAUGACUUCUCCGCGACGGAGAAAGACACCAACGUCGUUAAGUUGCUGAGCAUGCUUGAUCGUAACCAUGAGGACCAGUUCCACUACUACCAGACUGGUAUCGGUACCUACUCUGUCAACGAGAAGACUGUUCACAAGAAUGGUUUCCAGGAGGCUUGGAGCACGGUCGAGAAGAAGAUUGAUGAAGGGUUUGCGAGUACCUUCGAUGCUCACAUCAUGGCUGGCUACCGGUUCCUAAUGCGAUACUAUGAAGCUGGCGACAGGAUUUACAUGUUCGGGUUCAGCCGAGGAGCCUAUACAGCCAAGUUCCUUGCUCGAAUGGUCUACACUGUAGGCCUGCUCUGCCGAGGCAAUGAGGAAAUGGUUCCUUUUGCUUAUCGACUUUAUGACCGCUACCUUGCUGGAAAACUCAAAUGCAAGAAACAUGAAGGUCAGGGCGAGGACGAACACUCCGAUGACGAAGAUCAGGACCUGGAGCAUGAUAUCCCCAAGCCAAAUGAGGAUCCUGAGGUGGUGAAGAAGAAGCUGGAAAAGAAGGAACGCAAAGACCGAACCCGCGAGCUCAGGAAGUUCAGCAAGACGUUUUGCAAGCAGGAGUGGACUUACAACCCUGACCGGCCUCGGCAUCCGUCCAAGGAAACCAAUGUUAAGGUUCAUUUCCUAGGCCUCUGGGAUUGCGUCAACUCAGUCGCUGUCAUGGAGCAAAACGCGACUAAGGAGGUGCUUGUCAAAGGCACUGCACGCAUCAUUCGUCAUGCUGUGGCUGUUGAUGAGCGCCGAGUCAAAUUCAAAGCCGCUCUUUUCAAGCAAGACGAGGGCAAGAGAAAGAAUCACGACUCCGAGGACGUGAAGGAAGUUUGGUUCCCCGGUAACCAUGGCGACGUCGGAGGAGGAUGGGACCCCGUCAAAGAUCAUCUCAGGGGAGACAACAAGAAUGCUUGGUUCUGGAAUCGAUGGAGGUCCUGGUGGAGUGGGAACAACCGCGAGGUACCCAAGAACUCUCACGGCGAAACCCACUGCCACGUGUGCAAGGACUGCGGUCUCUGCAAAGGCAAGGACUGCCGACUGUCGAAGUGCAGAUCUGAGCACGACAAUUGCUCGGAGAACGAGUGCACCGCAUGCCACGAGAACAUUGUUUGCAACAACAAGGACCAUACCAGGAAGCCGAAAAAGAUGAAGUUUGAGCCUUGCCAGCUGAGCGAUGUCCCACUCAUGUGGAUGAUCAAGGAGCUUGAGGCUGAUGGCCAUGUCAUCUGGCGGGAAGAUAAGGUCAAUGAGUUUAGGCAUCGGUUGGAGCACAACAAAGAUUCGGCAGUCAAGGGUUCGGUUCAUGACACCUUGAUGCUUGGGUUCGGAAGUGGCUUUGGCACCGUCUUGUUUUGGAACUUCUUGGAAAUAUUCCCUCUGAUCAAGCGAUGGGAACUCACCCAUGGUGAGACCGCUUGGAAUCGAUUUUGGUAUUGGGGCAGAGUGAACGCCCCGGUGAAGGACACUGAAACAUGGGAAUGGGUUCGAUUCCCUCUCAACAGGGGCCAGACACGAGAUAUCCCCAGAGACGCCAUCUUGCACCACUCGCUUAUCCAAAAGCUUUACACAGACGACGAUUACAUGCCGCAAAACAAUCAUGGCGACAAAUCCCCUUGCCUGCUUCAGAAAGAUGAGCAUGGUAACGUCAUCAAGAACAAGAAGGAGUGGAAAGAGAUGUACAAGGUAAUCGAAGCCGAACACAAGCUGAAGGCUCACCCUGAUCACACCACGUAUCACCUGGCGACGUACAAGGGCCCUAAGGUCCAAGAUCACCACGAAACAGAGUGGCGCGGCCUGUAG